GACGCCUGAAGGCGCGCGCGGUUGCCGCCAACCGGCCGCGUACUAUUCAAAUAUGGAGUUCUGAAAGUGAACGUUAUAACACAGAUAAACUAAAGUUUGCGUUCGAUUAAAUGUAAUUAGUGUAUCGAUGUUUAAGUGAAUCGAUAUUCUUUUUUCUUUUUUUUUUUUAAUAGCAGUGCGGUGGCGUGUUUCUGGAUGUGAAUGUGGGGCUCUUUAAUUCUGAUACAGGUUUCACCGCCGUAUCAGCAAUGUCAUCACACGCAAGGUUCAGCCGGUUGGAAGAUGACUAUAUUCAGAUCAUGUCGCGUCGCGGCCAAAGCCGAUCACCGUAGCGGUAUAUAGUUGAAGUUGUGUUGAGUUGAGGAGAUACAAAAUGAAUCUCCUCAACAUGGACGCGGAGAACCGCGUAGUUUUGAACGUGGGUGGUAUCAGACAUGAGACCUAUAAGGCUACGUUGAAGAAGAUCCCGGCGACGCGGCUGUCCCGUUUGACGGAGGCGCUCGCCAAUUACGACCCCGUGCUCAACGAGUACUUCUUCGACAGACAUCCUGGCGUCUUCGCGCAGGUCCUUAACUAUUACAGAACGGGAAAACUUCACUACCCGACGGAUGUAUGCGGGCCGCUGUUCGAGGAAGAGCUGGAGUUCUGGGGACUAGACGCGAACCAGGUGGAGCCGUGCUGCUGGAUGACGUACACGCAGCAUAGGGACACUCAAGAGACCUUAGCUGUCCUAGAUCGCUUAGAUCUAGACACAGAGAAGCCAUCUGACGAAGAAGUGGCUCGCAAGUUUGGUUUCGAAGAAGAUUACUACAAUGGGACGGUGUCCUGGUGGCAACAGCUCAAACCUCAAAUGUGGUCUCUGUUCGAUGAGCCAUAUAGUUCUAAUGCGGCAAAGAUAAUCGGGGUGAUAUCAGUGUUUUUUAUUUGUGUUUCUAUAAUAUCGUUCUGUCUGAAAACGCACCCGGACAUGAGAGUGCCUGUGAUCAGAAACUAUACAGUGACUACCGCGAAUCAGACCCAGGGCUGGGCGUUGGACAAAGUGCAAACAAACGCCCACGUAGCCUUUUUCUAUAUCGAAUGUGUGUGCAACGCUUGGUUCACCCUCGAGAUACUUGUUAGGUUUAUAUCCUCGCCCAAUAAGUGCGAGUUCGUCAAAUCUUCCGUCAACAUCAUCGAUUACAUCGCAACCAUGAGUUUCUACAUCGACUUAAUCCUUCAAAAAUACGCAUCCCAUGUCGAGAAUGCGGACAUUCUUGAAUUUUUCUCUAUCAUACGUAUCAUGAGACUGUUUAAGUUGACAAGACAUUCGUCUGGCCUUAAAAUCCUCAUUCAGACUUUUAGAGCGUCAGCCAAGGAAUUGACGCUCUUAGUAUUUUUCUUGGUGCUCGGUAUUGUGAUUUUCGCGAGCCUGGUGUACUAUGCAGAGAGAAUACAAACAAACCCACACAACGAUUUCAACAGCAUUCCAUUGGGCUUGUGGUGGGCACUGGUUACCAUGACCACAGUGGGAUACGGUGACAUGGCUCCGAAGACCUACGUUGGUAUGUUCGUGGGCGCACUUUGUGCUCUGGCUGGUGUGCUAACGAUAGCUCUGCCCGUGCCAGUCAUUGUAUCAAACUUCGCAAUGUACUACUCACAUACGCAAGCCCGUGCGAAGCUACCAAAGAAAAGGCGAAGAGUCAUCAACGUAGAGCCGACCAGGCCACCACUUCGUGCACCAGGGGUUCCAGGCGGUCCCGCGGGACCUUUAGCACCAGGUAUGGGACCGCAAGCUGUGAACAGAAGAAUGAAUGCCAUUAAAACAAACCAUCCUAAAGAUAUGAUGGGACCUAAUAUGGUCGCAAGCUUGAUGCCGGGAAUGGAUCUAACCGUAGCCACCCGUCUAACCCCAAGUCCCCGAGACAUGAGUCCAGCCCUCGCUAUAGCACUACCAAUGAUGAAAUCAGUGAAUUUAGUCCCGGCACAAUGCUUUGACAACAUGGCGUACCAUACUGAAAAAACAGAAGAUAAUAAAGAAAGUAAAUCCAGGCAAGACUCUGUUGAAAGUGAUAAUACUGUCAAAGCUAAUAAUUUUAAUAAUGAAUAUAUUGAUAAAAUUGAAGAAAAGAUAGACGCCAGGACUCCACUACUUCGAGGUCAUAAAAUAGAAUCGCUUGAUGAAACAAAAUUGCGGGAUAAUAAAAUAGAAAAACGAAAAUCGUCAGCAUCUACAUAAUGGAUAAUAAGUACCGUUAAAGAUCAAUAAAUUGUAAUAAACGAAUUUUGAUGAUAAGUUAGUGGAAGAGACCAAUUGAGCUAAGAAUAAUUUGAGAAUAGCACGUUCGUUUAGAUUCGGUUAGAAUUGAAUUUUUUGGUAAAAUGAUUAUAAAUAAGCUUGAUUAUCAAAAAUCAUAAAAAUUGUAUUGAGAAAUUGUAAAAUAUACAGCUCCUAAGAAUUUGUUCUUAUUUACCGAUCACUAGCAGUUACGGUUACUUUAAAAGAAAAUAAAAACUUAUUAAAUUAAGCAUAAAAGGCCGUGAUAGUCUUAAGUUUAGUUAAGGAAGAAUUUAAAAUAUUUUUUAAAUACAAAAGGUAUAUCAAUCACAAAAUACCUAUCAAUUUAAAAAAUAACGACAUUAAUCUUUCACUUCUUAAGUAUAUUUAUUUGCAUUAGCUUACUUUUUAAUGUCAUUUGAUAAACGUCUACUGCUUUUAAGGGUGGACGAUCAUCUGACGUAUCAAGGAUC